GUGCCCUCCGCCGGCCUCGUGCCGGCCAGCGCGCGGCACUGCCCCGUGUCGCAGCACGCGCUGCUCGUGAUGGGCUCCAGAGGCGCGGCGCUGCGGUGCCGCCGCCGCCGCCUGCUGCGGGCAGCGGUGCCGAGGAGUUCGGCCUGGCGCGCCCUGACGGACCGCCUGAAGCAUGCCCUGCAGGGCAGCACGCAGCGCCUCCGGGCCGAGCACCCUGCAGCGCCACCCCGCGGCACGCCGAGGGGCGCGGCCAGCCGAUUCCCCGCGAGUGUUCCCACGACGGCGCCGAAGGUUGACCGUGGAAUUCCGGUGAGAAAUCAGGCAGCACAGCACGUGCGCGCGCGGAGUGUUCACGAGGACGGCGUCGAGCGGAGCGAUCGCCGAACACCUCCCGCGGAGAAAUCUACGCCCAAGCCCUUGGAGCCCCCGCGAGAAAUCAGCGGCAGCCCCCGCGCGUGCUCCCGGGCGACGCCUCCUCUCAGCCUGGAGCGCGUCCAGCACAGCAGCCUGAAGUUCGACCUGGAGUGCGG